UUUUUUUUCGGAUUGUUUAUACAGGUUUUAUUUUAUUAUAUUGUUACUGUUGUUGCGAGUGAGGUUGAGUUGUGAAAUUGACAAGAUUGUUGAGGAGACUAGAUUCUGUCGAAGUCUCCCGGGAACAUGACAACGACGAUGUUGACGACGCUGCUGGUGGCGGCGCUGUGCUGCGCUGGCGUCCUUGCCCUGGAGAACGGACUCGCCCGCACGCCGCCCAUGGGCUGGCUGGCCUGGGAACGAUUCCGAUGCAACACGGACUGCGUCAAUGACCCCGAACACUGCAUCAGUGAGCACUUGUUCAAGACCAUGGCGGACUUGGUUGUGUCUGAGGGCUACCGCAACGUGGGCUACGAGUACAUCAACAUUGACGACUGCUGGCUGGCCCGGGAACGGGAUCGGCGUGGCAGGCUGCAACCCGACCCUAUUCGAUUCCCCAGUGGCAUCAAGGCCCUUGCGGAUUACAUACAUUCGAAGGGACUCAAGUUCGGUAUCUAUGAGGACUACGGAAAUUUCACGUGUGCUGGUUACCCUGGAAUUUUGGGCCAUUUGGAAACCGAUGCCCAGACAUUCGCCGAAUGGGACGUCGACUACAUAAAACUCGAUGGGUGUUAUUCUCAUCCGAAGGACAUGGAUCGAGGCUAUCCGGAAUUUGGAUACUUCUUGAACAUAACUGGGAGACCAAUGCUGUACUCGUGCUCGUGGCCGUACUACCAACUGGUCUCUGGAAUGCAGGUGAACUAUACGCUGAUUUCUGAACAUUGUAAUCUGUGGAGGAAUUUCGAUGACAUUCAAGACUCUUGGGAUUCAGUGACUCGGACAAUUGAUUAUUACGGAGACAACCAAGACAGGAUUGUACCACAUGCUGGACCUGGACACUGGAACGAUCCUGACAUGGUACUCAUUAUCGGCAAUUUCGGACUGAGCUACGAACAGUGCAGAGUACAAAUGGGGAUGUGGGCUAUCAUGGCUGCUCCUCUGUUGAUGUCGGUGGACCUGAGAACCAUCAAACCGGAUUACAAGGCCAUCUUGCAGAACCGGGAUGUGAUCGCUGUUGACCAGGAUCCUCUGGGGAUCCAGGGCAAACGAAUCUUCAAGGUUGUCUUCUUGUCUGAGAUCGUUUUAGAACGUCAUCCACGAUUCAGUGCCGUCUCAUCUAAAUUGGUUGCCGAUCAUAACAACGAUAAAGGCAUCGAGAUCUGGGCGCGUCCAGUGACUCCGAUCCGAUCGAACCGGUUCUCGUACGCAAUUGCGUUCCUCAACCGACGCGUUGAUGGAACCCCGACUGAAGUCUCCGUCACCUUGCAAGAAAUGGGUCUUGACAACCCGGCGGGAUACGCGAUUCGGGACUUGUUCGAGCGCAGAGACCUCGGUGUUCUUACGCCUCCGCAACGGCUGAAAGUGGAUGUGAAUCCCAGUGGAAUCGUCUUGCUCCGAUGUGAGCUGCAAGAGUCGAGAGGAUUCUUCGGCAACAACCUGGACGGGAGUAGCAGAAGGGAAAACUUCUUUGCCGGCGAGCGGUUCCGCAAACAGUCUCCUGCUCUCGCAUCUGGUUUCCCAGCGCCGAACUUCAAAUAGGCAUGGAAAUCGUUCUUCAAGUGCCAGACGCGUUCCUCGUCCUGCCUUGUUGCGUCCAUUAUCGAACGCUGCUGACCCGCAGGGAACGUGAUCUUUUUUUUUCCUCCCUUGGCUUCAUUCAGCACGGGUGCUCUUAUUGUUUCAGUGCGCACGAGUGAAAUUUGUUUGGAUGAGUUGGAUCAUAGGAUCGGUGGUGUAACAAAAUGUUUUAUCUUUGCUUUGCCCGAGUUGAACUUCAGACAUUCAAAACAUUCCGAAAUUUUACGGAAAUUUUUGCUGGAUCCAGUUUCGGGCAUCACAUUCCCACAAACCAUAAGAGCAACAAGUUGAUGAAAUUCAAUGAAUAUAUGACAGAAGCUAAAGAGAUGAAUCUUCGUAGCUGUAUGCAAGCGAAAAGCAUGUCUCAUCAGUAUUGCAAGUAAUUUCGGGAAUGAAAAUCUGUCCAAACUUCGCUUGUUGAUAAAUGGAUUCUUGAAUGAACGUCACUGAAUCAAUGCCGCGCGAUGAAUGUGUUGAAUUGAUGUUUCGUGUUGGUGUGUGACGGAUGAAAGAUGAAACGUUUUGCUACGAAUAA